AUGGCCGUCAACUGGGAGCUGCAGGGCUGCUGCGACCACGACCAGAGGAUCUUCAUCGCCGCCGUCGGCGUCUCCACCGUCGUCAUCCUCCUCCUCUGGAGGACGUUCCUGCUCACGCCGUUCAAGCUCAUCACCGUCUUCCUCCACGAGACCAGCCACGCGCUCGCCUGCAAGCUCACCUGCGGCGAUGUAGAAGGCAUGCAGGUCCAUGCGAAUGAGGGUGGCGUUACUCAAACUCGGGGUGGCAUAUAUUGGAUAAUCUUGCCCGCUGGAUAUCUGGGUUCAUCAUUUUGGGGAAUGGUCUUCAUACUUGCAUCCACAAAUCUCCUAGCAACAAGAAUUGCAGCGGGUUGUUUCAUACUUGCAUUGUUUAUUGUUCUUUUUGUUGCAGAUAAUUGGUUUCUUCGCUGGCUCUGCCUUGGAUUCAUUGUGUUCAUUGCUGUUGUUUGGGUCAUACAAGAAUUUACAUCUUUCCAUAUUCUGAAAUAUGUGAUCUUAUUCAUAGGUGUGAUGAACAGCUUAUUUUCAGUUUAUGGUAAGAAGCAAAAAGCCUUUUCCUUGUUAUUCCAUGCUAGAAUAAUCCAUGAGUUACUAUCUUCUGAAUCAAAUGUUCUCAAAUGA